AGAAAGGUCUUUUACGUGACACUGACAUUAUUCUUGUACGAAUCCAAGACGUUUAGUUGUUUGCGCAUUAAUCUAAGUUUAUGUACUCUAUGAAUCACCGGAGUGCCGAAGCGAGGUAGCGACUCAGGGAGUGCAACAAGGCGCGUUUCGUAAAACUACGUACUAUAACGAAGCUUGUUAGUGUACUUCAGUAAGAAGAUUGUCUGGUGCACUGGAGACACCUUCGAACAAGCAGUCAGCAGAUGGAACUAAUGAGUUCACUGUUGUUGUGCACGUUUGUAGUGAUGGCGCCGCAAGCGCUAGCUGAAAGUUUUAUACAUACUGAUUGGGAUACAAUAUACAAUGACACGAUGAAAAACCGGCAAAGACCCUCGAUACAUAACAAGAUACUGCUAAAUAUUAAUGCGCCACCUCUCGUUAACGUUGUCAGUGAAGUGCAGGCCGUUUUUGCUGAGGCAGCUUGUCAGAACUGCAUCGCGUGUAUGGAGAGAGCUAUUAAAGCUGAUAAGAUUAAUUUACACAUGGUUGAUAAUCGCCCCAGUGCUGAGGAACUUCAGACCGAUGUUCUAUCUGAACGACAUAAUUUUGAUAGGCACCGUGAGAAAAGAAAUCUUGCUAAUGACACAGUCAAAUUAAAAAAGGUUAAAUCUAAAAGAAAUAAAGUGCUCAAAGCUGUUAUUGUUACGAAACUUAAAGUAGAUGAACAAUUGUAUGCUUUGAAAAUAAAAGAAACUAUUACUCAAACAGGUGAACAACUAAAGGAUAUGAAAUCUACAUCGACUACAUGUCAAGUAUAUGAUGUUAAAAAUUCAUUUCCUUGCGACACUCCAGAAGCAGAGAUCUUGUUGACAGUCGCGAAGCAAAGAAUAAACAAGAAAAGUAAAAAACAAAAAGAAAAGCGUACGAUACGAGCGACCACGCAUAAAAUUGUACCUUUAUUUAGAAAACGUCAGGUGGACCAUUCUCAAGUGCCAGAAAACUUCAUGCCCUCUAUUGAGGAUAUAUACUAGUUGUUGAUUUAGUUGCGAAUACCCUACGACCUUACAUAAACAUAUAUUUUUAAUAAAGAAUUUAUUAAUA